CUCAGAUAUGGAGGCAAAUGGGAGCCAAGGCACCUCGGGCAGCGCCAACGACUCCCAGCACGACCCCGGUAAAAUGUUUAUCGGUGGACUGAGCUGGCAGACCUCACCAGAUAGCCUUAGAGACUAUUUUAGCAAAUUUGGAGAAAUUAGAGAAUGUAUGGUCAUGAGAGAUCCCACUACGAAACGCUCCAGAGGCUUCGGUUUCGUCACGUUCGCAGACCCAGCAAGUGUAGAUAAAGUAUUAGGUCAGCCCCACCACGAGUUAGAUUCCAAGACGAUUGACCCCAAAGUUGCAUUUCCUCGUCGAGCGCAACCCAAGAUGGUCACAAGAACAAAGAAAAUCUUUGUAGGAGGAUUAUCUGCAAACACGGUGGUGGAAGACGUGAAGCAGUAUUUCGAGCAGUUUGGCAAGGUGGAGGAUGCAAUGCUGAUGUUUGACAAGACGACCAACAGGCACAGAGGGUUUGGCUUUGUCACUUUUGAGAAUGAAGACGUUGUGGAGAAAGUCUGUGAGAUUCAUUUCCAUGAAAUCAAUAAUAAAAUGGUAGAAUGUAAGAAGGCUCAGCCGAAGGAAGUCAUGUUCCCACCUGGGACAAGAGGCCGGGCCCGGGGACUGCCUUAUACCAUGGAUGCUUUCAUGCUUGGCAUGGGGAUGCUGGGCUACCCCAACUUCGUGGCAACCUAUGGCCGCGGCUACCCUGGAUUUGCUCCCAGCUAUGGCUAUCAGUUCCCAGGCUUCCCGGCAGCGGCUUAUGGACCAGUGGCGGCAGCAGCGGUGGCGGCAGCUCGAGGAUCAGUCCUGAAUAGCUACAGUGCUCAACCGAAUUUUGGCGCGCCCGCUUCCCCGGCAGGCUCCAACCCGGCGCGGCCCGGAGGCUUCCCGGGGGCCAACAGCCCAGGACCUGUCGCCGAUCUCUACGGCCCUGCCAGCCAGGACUCCGGAGUGGGGAAUUACAUAAGUGCGGCCAGCCCACAGCCGGGCUCAGGCUUCGGCCACGGCAUAGCUGGACCUUUGAUUGCAACGGCCUUUACAAAUGGAUACCAUUGAGCAGGUGCUUUCGUUGCCAUCUCACUCUGAGAGCAUACCUGGAUGUCCAGGCAAGACUGGGCGAAGUUUCUGAGUGGCCCUUUGUUUAGGUGAUGUCAUCAGACCUGUUCCCCCACCAGCCUCACUCCCCAUCCCAACCAGAGAUGGCUCACUUCGGCUCGAGGGUUGACUGCAUCUCAUCAUCUCAUGAAUCUGCUGUAAUAUAAGACAACAGCUUUUAAAUGUGUAUAUAUCCCAUGAUUUUGGUUUUGUUUUAUUUUUGUUUUUCUUGAUGGUUUCCCUCCCUCUUCUCUCUUCCCCCUUCUCCUUUUAAAUCUCUUCAGAUCACAUUUGGUAGUGGUUUUGACUUAGUGCAGUAGUCAUAUAGCUUUAAUAUCUAGUUAAAAGCUAACCAUAGUGUAAUUGUUAUAUUAAGGUAUUAUUUUUUUCUUAAAAAAAUUUUUUUUGCUUGUUUUAAUUCUGUUCUCACUUUUCAAGGAUGCUGAGAUGGUAAUAUUACUCUCAAUAUUUUGGUACCAAUUCUGAGACUGUAUGAAUUUUCAGGUGGAAUUUGAGCACACACAGAAGCGAGGUUGUGAAAUAUGGAGCGGGAUGUGGGCAUCAACUUUCUACUUUGCAUUGUAUAAGAAGUGAGAUGUAGUAGGCUAAUUAACAGACUAUAGCGGUUCUUUUUUGUGCUCUUUGUUAACCUAAGUAUAUCUAUUUUCGGCAAUAAGGUAAGGACGACGAUGUUUUGAGUGUCCUCCUUUUCUAUAAGUGCUUUUUUUCUGUUGAAAGAGGUGAUAUUAUAAGGUUUUUUGCAGUUGUGAAUUCUAAAAAAAGAAAUGUUGUAAAUACAAUUCCAUUAACUACAUAGAAACUAUUAAGAAAGAGAGAAUCAAAAAUAUUUUUGUGAGGGCGUCGGUCCCCGGCAGUUUGAUGCUCUGUGGAUGGAGGAGGGGAGGAACAAUAGCCAAGUCAGUGACUGAGACCGAAGAACACCCAGCUGCCAGGCCGACCCCGUGACAAGUUAGAACACUGGUUAGCUCCUCUUGUCUGUGUGAUAGACCUAAGAACUGUAUUAGUGUCAUACCAGCAUAUUAACCUCUCGUCUGUGCACAGCUUCCAACGUUACCGUCUAGUUAGAUUUUUAUUUAAAAUAUGAAAAACUGCUUUUCCCAAGACGUUUUUUAAAAACAAAGCUACAAUUUUAAUAUUUAACAUAUUUAAUGUUUCAAAGCACACCUGUUCGGCUUGGGUGGGGAGGGGUGGGGGGACAUUCUUUUUCAGUCUUAAUUUUUAAAUAUUUGAUCAUUUUCUAUUGUCCAAUCAUUUCAGCACCUCCAAAGGUCCCUAGGACACUUUGCCUCUCUUCUUCCCCUGUUCCCCAUCCGCCCCCAGCUCUGGGGGCCCAUGGGCCAGGAGUGGAUAAGCCUGCAUUAAUGAAAUCUUUUCUCCAUUCACUUUCUAUUUACCAAUUAGGAAAGCAACCUUUCGUUUUUUUUUUUUUUUUUUUUUUUUUUU